AUGGAUGCCGAGUGCGGCUUAAGGAUUGUCCAUCGCUUUGGACAAGAAGAGACACUAAAACGAUUGUGUUUGGAGGUUGAUGAUGGACCAGGAAAGAAGUACAAGCUCAUCAGCAGCAGCAGCAGCAGCGCAGCAGCAGCAGCAGCAGCAGCAGCAGAUUCGCACAGACCUGGUGAUGGAGCUACGUUUCUAUCUACUCCUGUGUCUGGUUCUGCUCCCCUUAAACGUCUUAUUGCCGUCGCUAGCGAUAUACGCGGCCCUUCCUUCCUAUUUGGCUGGGCAGUGGUACGUGACGGUGGUGUUGGUGGCAGCAGCAACAAGAAGGUUGAUGAUUUACCUGCAGCAGCAGGAGCAGCAGGAGGUGCAGCAGGAGGUGUAAAACUGCAGCAAGUUUGCUGCAUGUGUUGUGAUUAUAACUCUCCUUGUUGCCAAUUAGCUGUUUCCCCUGAUCAGCAAUUCAUCGCUAUUGGACUCGCUAAUGUAGUGCUGCUGCAGCACGUUCUGUAUACGGGGCAGCAGCAGCUGCUGCUGCGGCAGCAAGCCUUGACUUCGGGGAACUUCGAAGCUACAAUUGGUGAUCUUCUUGCUGAACGGCUGCAGCAGCAAGAGCAGCAGCAGCAGCAGCAGCAAGAGCAGCAGGAGGCACUUGAUAUGCCCUUUGAUGUUGAGGAAUUCCAGCAGCAGCAGCAGCAGCAAAAUAAGACAAAGAAGCAGAAAGGCCCCCAUGAUGAACUAUAA